AUGGCCGAACCUGCGUCAGAACUCGAGAAAUUCCGCCAGCAAUGGAAGGAAGAAGUCACCGCUCGUACCAAGAAGCCAGAGAGAAGUUCAUCGUCAUCACAGAAGGCGCGAAGGACAAGUGAUCACCGGCCAGAAAGGCCUAUCAACAGACCACCCACUCGCCACCCAGCGGCGGACAUCAAGCAAGAUGACUCCGACCACCACAGCGAUGUAGACCAUGCGGGCACCAGCAAUUCCGCCCCACUCCAGCAACGCAUGGAAGGCCUUAAGAUCCGUAACAUUGACGACGAUGACUUUACGCCCACCACCAAGAAGGAGCCGCAGAGCGCGCUCGAACACUUUGAGCGUGCCGUGGAGAAGGAAAGUCAGGGCAACCUGGGGGACAGUCUCUCUCACUAUCGGAAAGCCUACAAGCUCGAUGCCAAAGUCGAUCAGACGUACAAGAACAAGCACUUCGCCGCAGCAUGGAAGUCGAAACCAGCGAAUUCUAACCCAUCCAACGCCGCUGUAACAGUCCCCUCAACUGCUCACCACUCCCUAGAAGAACCCAAGCGGGAUAUUCUGCCUCUUGCACAAUUGAUCGAUUCUUUUGCGAGCUGUCCGAUAUUGGGGGCUGUGCCUAUUAUCCCUGGCGAUCGUCCUCCCCCGUGUGGGAUCAAAAAGCUGCCCACGGAGGUCUUAUUGGAUUUACUUCGGCAUGUUGCGAUACGGGACACGGCCAUCUAUGUCCGCCUGUCCCUGGUCUGCAAGAAGCUGGCCUACCAUGUCAUGACCGACAACAGUAUCUGGAAACGCGUUGCGUUAGGUCCAGAGUUCGGCCUCGCAGGCCAACAGUACAGCUUCAACACCGAUCUGCAAGGACGGCAGAUCAUAUUCGACACGUUGGACGAAGAUAGUCAGCCGUCUCCAAGCCUGGUCACGGAGAUUUCUUUCCCAAAGGACACGGUGUGGCGAGACGUCUUCCACAACCACCCUCGCAUCCGCUUCACGGGCGUCUACAUUUCCACAGUCAACUAUACCCGUCCAGGAGGCGCUUCUGCAACCGCCAGCACUUGGCUGAACCCUGUCCAUAUCGUCACAUAUUACCGCUAUCUACGCUUCUUCCGCGACGGUACCUGCAUCUCCUUGCUGACCACCAGCGAACCCGUCGAGGUGGUCCACCACUUGACUCCCGAGAAUCUCAAUUUUGUCCGCGCUGGGAAGAAAGAAGCGGCAGGACAUCCUCUAAACUUCACCUCUUCGGCGCCCGCACUCCUCCGAGAGUCCGCUCCUUCCACUUCCACCAGCGCUGUUGCACCCCCUCCCUCGGCCCGAGACGUGAUGAAACACGCCCUUCGCGGUCGCUGGCGCCUGUGUCAUCCAAGCCUUGAUGGCCCCAUGACAGGAACAGACGCCCAAACCACUGGGCUCCAACCGAACCAGUCGUCUCCCAAACCCACCAUGAAUCCCGGCGACUUGCACAUCGAAACUGAGGGCGCCGGCCCGAGGUACAUGUAUACGAUGCAUUUGUCGCUCAAGCACGCGGGUAAUGCCAGGUCGAAAUAUACCACAAAGAACAACAAGUUGGUGUGGAAAGGGUUCUGGAGCUUCAACGUGCUCACGAAUGAUUGGGCCGAGUUCCAUCUGAGGAAUGACAAGCCGUUCUUCUUCUCGAGGGUGCGGGGGUAUGGGCUCGGGUACUGA